GAACUGCAACUUCCAAUGAGCAUAGCAUGGCACAGAUUGAUCAGCUCAUCCCAGACGUGGCUGAGACAAAUCCUGUGGGCUCAGAAUAAGAAAAGAAAUAUUAAAUGCUGUGUGUCCCAUGUUUCCUCAGUUGCCUAUGUCUGGGGAGCUGGGGAUGGUGGUCAAUUGGGGACUGGUAACCAGAAGCACAGUCUAGUACCAAUCAGGCUUCCUCUUUUAGCUGAGGCUUCUCACAUUGCUUGUGGUUAUGGAUUCACAGUAGCAGUUGGAAAAGGAAUUCCCAGACCAUGGACUGUUGGCUUGAACACAUUUUCACAGCUUGGAAGAUCACAGAUGUGUGGUGAUUUGAAAAUUGAGUCUGUUCCAACCCCUGUUGAACUCUAUACAAAUCCACCUUUGUCAGAGCAAGUCCAACAGAUUUCUUGUGGAAGAUCGCAUUCAGCCAUGUUAUUGGACAAUGGAGAAGUCUGGACCUGGGGAGGAAAUUUCCAUGGACAGUGUGGAACUGGAAGCAAAGAAGCAAAAGUUAUUGAAAAAUUGAGCAAGAUACCUAAUGUUACAAGCAAGAUCAAACAGGUUACAUGUGGCUUGGACCACACCCUUCUAUUGUCUACUGACGGCACAGUGAUGUCCUGUGGAUGGGGGGCUGAUGGACAAACUGGCUUGAAUCAUUUUAAGGACGAGGCAACAUGUAAGGUCAUUGAAGGAGAACUGAAAGAUGUGAGGAUAAAACAAAUUGCAACUUCAGGAGAUUGCUGCUUGGCGCUGUCAGAUGAAGGUGAAAUAUUUUCAUGGGGAAACAAUGAAUAUGGACAGCUUGCUGUUGACGAGGAAGACGAACAAUUUACCGUCCCAAUAAGAGCAACUCUGCUGAGAAAUCUUCCACAGGUCCAACAGGUUGCUGCUGGAGGUUCAUUUUGUAUAGCUCUCACGGUCCCUGGAGAACUUUACAGUUGGGGAUAUGGGGUUCUUGGACACGGUAAAGAAGUUUCCUUUACAAAGACGCCAAGAAAAAUCGAGGAGUUCUCCAAAAUAGAUGACACUAUCUCAAGCUUGAUUUGUGGCCCUGAAAGCUGCGCUGUGUUAACAGAAUCAGGAAACCUGUACACCUGGGGUAGAGGGUCAUUUGGGAGACUGGGUCUUGGCUCCACACUCAAUCAAUGGACGCCUAAGCGGGUUGAAGUAUCAGGCAAAGUAAUGGAAGUGACUUGUGGCAUGGAUCACAUGGCAGCCAUAGUGGCAUUUAGCUAGUGUUACUUGUCACGUGGAGAGCGUGCGAGUUCUCGAAAAAGAAGACCAGUCGUGGGAGGGAAUGUGCUGGAACGUUAGGACAAAAAUCUUUUCGUGACUUGAAUCAGGUUGUCCCGCUGACAGUGAAGCGCAAGAAACGUACUGGUGGAAGUUUGAAAUAUUAAACUGGGCAUUUUUUCAAUUAAAAGUCAGGGAAGAUUUUCUGGAGGAUCAUCACUCGUAUCGGGUUUUUUUUUUUUUUAUUGCAGUUUUCUUACUUGCUUAACGGAAGAUAUGUAAGAUGUGUUUUAAAAAAUUAAAUGGAGACCACAGUA